AUGGCGACCGAGAAGCGCAACUUUUCCUCUCUGUCUUUCUCCUCCAAGAAACAUGUCAAUGGCGACUCCGGUUCGGGUACCCAUACUCCCACCACAACCAAGCUCAAGAACUUUUUCCGUAUUACCAGCGGUGGUGGGCAGACCUCCAUAAGCUCCGAUGGCCUACCGACACCCAAAACCGAGUCGAAACCCGUCAAGCAGUCUAGAUUCCUCCCGGGAUUGAACAGAAAUCGAUCAGCCACCAUUGCCAGCGAAGGCCAUCCGCUCGAUGAUGCCGUCGUAUCUCCCACUGCUCAAGCGAACCCCUAUUUUAUCCAUCAAGGUCCUCCCGCUCUACGACACCGUAACGAAGGCAGUGUCCCUCCAUCACCUCCCGAUACCCCCGAAAUUCAGGUCAAUGGCGCGGGGCCAGAAGAGAAGGCACUUGCGGCGGGCAGAGAGGAAUUGGCACGCAAACUCAGGAGGGUGGCCUCCGCUCCGAAUGCCCAAGGUCUUUUCAGUGGUGGCAAGAGCGGCGAGAACAGACCCCAGACGGCUGAGUUGGGAAAAGAACCGCUCACUGUCCUUUCUGGUUCGUUGUCCAAAUUGGGCCUGAUGCCCCAAGAAGAUGCUGGACCCUCGAGUCUGCCAGCGCCGGGGGCCCAACUUCCCCUCCCGGGCCAAAUCCGCCAGUCUGUUGCUUUUAGAAGAACAUACAGCUCCAAUUCGAUCAAAGUGCGCAAUGUGGAAGUGGGCCCGGGAAGUUUUGACAAGAUCAAGUUGAUCGGCAAGGGUGACGUGGGCAAGGUCUACCUGGUCCGCGAGAAGAAGUCGAAUCGAUUAUAUGCCAUGAAAGUGCUCAGCAAGAAAGAAAUGAUCAAACGGAACAAGAUCAAGAGAGCGUUAGCCGAGCAAGAAAUACUGGCGACCAGCAAUCAUCCCUUCAUCGUCACUCUAUACCAUUCGUUCCAGUCCGAAGAGCAUCUGUACCUAUGCAUGGAAUAUUGCAGCGGCGGAGAAUUCUUCAGGGCCUUGCAGACCCGACCAAACAAGUGUAUUGGAGAAGAGGACGCUCGGUUCUACGCUGCAGAGGUGACGGCUGCACUGGAGUAUCUGCAUCUGAUGGGCUUCAUUUACCGAGACCUGAAACCAGAAAAUAUUUUACUUCACCAGUCAGGGCAUAUUAUGUUGUCCGACUUUGAUUUGUCCAAGCAAUCAGAUUCGGGCGGAGCGCCUACCAUGAUCCUGGGCACCCGCAACGCAUCAAACCCGACCGGGUAUCCUCUGGUCGACACCAAAUCCUGCAUUGCCGAUUUCCGAACGAAUUCCUUUGUUGGCACUGAGGAAUACAUCGCUCCCGAGGUGAUCAAAGGCAAUGGACAUACAAGUGCCGUCGACUGGUGGACUCUUGGGAUUUUGAUCUACGAGAUGUUGUUUGGGACGACGCCUUUCAAAGGCAAGAAUCGCAAUGCGACAUUCGCCAACAUUCUCCGGGACGACGUACCGUUUCCCGAUCAUUCACACGCAACACAAGUGAGCAAUUUAUGCAAGUCGGUGAUCCGCAAGCUCUUGAUCAAGGACGAGGUCAAACGGUUAGGGUCUCGAGCAGGCGCAUCGGACGUGAAGAACCACCCAUUUUUCCGACCCAUCACCUGGGCGCUCCUCCGGCACAUGAAACCCCCAAUGAUUCCCCAUCAAGGACGAGCCAUCGACACCUUGAAUUUCCGAACGGUAAAAGAUAGUGGCAGCGUUGAUAUUGGAGGAACCCCCAGCCACUUGAAGGGUGUGCCACUUGACUCCGGCAUGGCGACGCCUGGAGGCGAGCUAGCAGAUCCCUUCCUGGAGUUCAACAGCGUGACCUUGCACCAUGAUGAUGAAGACAUGAUUAUGAUGGACGCCGGACAGGUCCAGAAUGGACGGUGA